AUGUGUGUUUUGUGUGUGCUGCCUGCACGCAUGUGCAGUGUGUGUGCCAGUGUGGUGCGGCCCCAUCCGCCAUCCGCAGACGACCAUCAACCUGCAACUGCUUGCUACUCCACCAAGACAUGUCGUCGCCAGGAUCGGGUGCAGACGCGAGGCGUGAAACAUAGCGCACCCUCCCGAAUCCGCGAGCAUCAGGCCUAUCUGCGCUCAAGCGCUCUUGGAGAGAGAGGAGAAAGGCGCGACGCUUGCCCGCUAUGGGCCUUGCAGCUUGCCCGCCCCAUGAUCCAUCCCAAGCCUCGUUCGCUCACUGCUCGCUCUGCUGGAUGUCCGCGUUAUGCCCUUGUUCCCAGCGCGCUUUCUCCCUCUUGGCCUUCUCCGCAUCUUGCCUCAGCGAUGAGCUUCCGAAUCUCGGGCCUGCUCUGGCCUCGUCGAGCGCUUUCAAAGGCCAGCUAG